CCCGACAGCGGCGGCGCUUGGCGGCGGGCGGGGAGCGGCGUGAGGGGCCGGGGCCGGGACCGGGCCGGGACCGGGACUGGAACCGGGACCGGGACACGGCACCAUGAAGCUGACCACCCAGGCUUACUGCAAAAUGGUCCUGCACGGCGCUAAAUACCCGCACUGCGCCGUCAACGGGCUGCUGGUGGCCGAGCGCCCGCCCGCCCCGCGGCCGCCGCAGCCCGCGCUGUUCGUGGACUGCAUCCCGCUCUUCCACGGMACCCUGGCGCUCGCUCCCAUGCUGGAGGUGGCUCUGACCUUGAUUGACUCCUGGUGCAAGGAGAACAGCUACGUGAUAGCUGGAUAUUACCAGGCGAACGAACGCGUGAAAGAUGCCAGCCCAAACCAGGUCGCAGAGAAAGUGGCUUCCCGGAUUGCCGAGGGUUUUACGGACACGGCGCUCAUCAUGGUUGACAACACCAAGUUCACCAUGGAGUGUGUGGAGCCUGCCAUCCACGUGUACGAGCUGCACGAGAACAAGUGGAGGUGCAAGGACCCACAUGUUGACUUCUGUGAAGAUUGGACUGAGGCCCAGAGAAUUGCUGCAUCCCUCUUGGACAGCAAGUCCUACGAGACGCUGGUGGAUUUUGAUAAUCACCUGGAUGACAUCCGGAACGACUGGACAAACCCCGAGAUCAACAAAGCUGUGCUUCACCUGUGCUAGGAGCAAUCCUGACUAAUCCACRGGCAUUCCCACUCUGUACUGAAGAGAGAAAAAAUGCUAUUUUUGAAUGUAAAUAGAAUUAAUAUUCAGUACCUUGUGUGGAAAGCUGACUGAUUAAAGAGGAGUGGCCUGUCCYGUGGCGCGGUGCUGUGUCCCUGAGCCACGGAAUGUUGGUGGUGGCAUUCCCUGGAAGAGCUGCCAGCUGUCACUUCCAGCUGUCCUCGUGGACGCCGUCCCACUUGUAGUGAAUGUUGCUAUUCCUUGGAAAUCAGAACUGCUUCUGCUUGGCCCCCACUGUUCCUUUUCCGAAGUUUUGACUUGGGCUUUUCUAAUCUUUAGAGAGGUUACUUUUUAACGAUUUAUGGAAAUAACCUUUCCAAAAAAAAUCAAUCCUGUCCUCAGAUGAGAGAUGUUAAGGGCAAACAGAUAAAAUGGGAGGUGAAUGGUUUUCUUCUGGCCUGGGUUGGAAUUGUAACUCUCUUGGCACAGUAAAAUUCGAACUGCUGAGGAUGUUCCAUGCUCAUGUGUCACCUGUUUUGCAGUGCUUUAGCAUGACACAGCUACAGAGAGUCCUUUAAAGCAGUAUUCCCAAAUAAUCUGGUGAUUCCUGCUCUCAGUGGGCUUGGCAAGCACAGUUACUGCUUGAAUGUGUUAAACUCCAAGUAAACAAUUUAUAAAAAGGACUGGAAGCACACUACUGAGUUUG